CGUUGAGAACACCUAUGUAUGUCAACUAAAAUAUUUUCAACCAAUGAGUAAACUAUAGUGAUACUAAAAUAAAUCGCCAACCCAUCCAUUUUUCGCUGUUAAACCCAAACAAAUGAUCGGCUAUUAUGUUAUUAAAUGCAAUCAAUAAAUGCUCCAAUACUCAAAAUGUGUCUCUGAAGUUUGAUCGAGGAGCACGGGAAAGCCCAGCAUCAACACGAAAACUCAACAGCUUUAAAACAUAUUUAAAUCUUAAAUAUUUGUACAGAUCAAGCGAAAAUUACACAUUGGGAAAUAUGGCGAAAAUAACUAAUAAGUUGGAGACUCCGGCGAGUGCGACGCAUUCGCUGCAGCAAGAGAUGAACUUGGCACGCCGUGCGUGUUGGUGCAAUAUACGAGACGAGUCAAAAUCGUCCCCGAAUUCUCCUUUAACUACGACUGCAACUGCAACUGCAACUGCAACUUUAAUUACGGACAAAAAUGCACAAACGAAAAAAAGCUGUGAAAUAUGUGAAAAUUGUUUUAAUCAUUUAACCAAUAAUGACGUUAUCUUCGACACUAAUGACGACGCUACUGCAGCAGAUUUAAAUGCGUUUCCAGCUGCAGCUGCAGAAAUUACAAAAGCUGCUGUUGUUGAACGUGCAACUAAUUAUAAUAAUAAUAAUAAAAAUAAUAAAAAUAAUAAAAAUAAAAUUCAUACUCGUAUUGUCAACAUUGCUAACGAGAACAACCGCAAAACAUUAAUAGUGUAUGAUCGUGAUAAUGAUAAUGGCCAUCAUAAUGAUGACUACUACACUGAAAUUGAUAAUGAUAAUGAUAAUGUUGAUAUUGAUAUUGAUGUUGAUGUUGAUGUUGAUAAUAAUAGGUAUAAAAAUAAAAACGACAUAAAUAAUAUUUACAAGAAAAACAAAAACAAAAACAAUAGCGAUGUCGAUGUCAAUGUUGAUAACGAAGUGACAACGGUUUUGUAUGGUGCUACUUCUAGUAAAAAUAUUACAAAUAAUUUUAUUAAUAAUAAUGAUAAUGAUAAUGAUAAUAACGCUUACUCUAGUUCUAAAUCAAUAAAUAAUUAUAGUUGUAAAAAUAGUACAGAAGAUACUGUGCCCAGUGCAAUUAUUACUACUACAACUAAAAUUGAAAUUGCUACCAAUGCUAAUCUCGACAAUUUUAACAUUGAAGCAACAACAAAAACAACAACAACAACAUCAAUUGCAACUACCAACUUAAGUGAUAAUUUAAAUAAUAUAAUAAAUGAAAAUAAACUUAAAAAUCGUAGUGUAAAUAAAUUAAAAUCAAAUCGUCGGACAAUUGAUGCAACUGAUAAAAAAAUGGCAACUGGAGCAACUGAGUCAACUGAAUUGAAUGCCACUAAUAUUGUGGCUAACAAUUAUGUAAAUAUUAAAAAUAAUAAUAAUAAUAAUGGUAAUUGUAAAGUUAAUGAUAAUAUAAAUAAAAUGGCAACUACAACGGAAACGAAGCUAAAAUCGUUUUCCACCGAUUUUGUGAAGUUUGCGCGAGCGCUACUUCUACAUUUCUGGUUGGCAUUUGUUGCAUUUUGUGAUAAAAAUACUAUUAAGCGUGAUGAUCCACGAUUCGUUGAAGCACGUCGUCAAGACCAACAGCGGCAGCAACAGCAGCAGCAGCAACAAAAAAAUCGUGAACACCAACAGCAAGGGCAGCAGCAAGAUAAUCGUCAGCAACAACAACAACAAGAACAACAACAACGUCCAAAAAAAUUUAGAUUGUUGACAAAUAAAAAAUUUAUAUUUUUAUUUAUGGUUUGUGCUUUCUUUUCCUGUAUUAAUCGUAUCGAUGCCCGUCCAAAUGCGAUAGGUACAUCUAGUAAUGCAAUACCAGGUAAUGAAGCUGUUGCAACUGGUGUAGUCGGUGAUGGCGGCAGUCCCAAUGCUGGAAAUAAUAUUGGAUCAAAUUUACCGACAAGUGAUGGUGCCAUUCCGGACUUUUCUAAGCCAUCAAAAGAAAUGUCAAAAAAUAUUUUUCUUUCCGAUUCCGAUUCAUACAAGGAAGGACAUCAUGCCGAACGCUAUCCAUUAUCUCAAGUGGAUUUUGAUCGUGUGAAAACGCCAUUUAUUAUCGGUAUCUGGAUAUUAUCAGCUAGUAUUGCAAAAAUUGGCUUUCAUAUGACACCGAAAUUGCAUUUAAUAUUUCCUGAAUCCUGUCUGUUGAUUGUUGUGGGCGUGGUUAUCGGUGUUGUCUUGUUUUUUGGAACUGAAGUUGCUGUCUCUCCGUUGACGCCGAACACUUUCUUCUUCUAUAUGCUUCCACCGAUUAUAUUGGAUGCGGGCUAUUUUAUGCCAAAUCGAAUGUUUUUCGAUAAUCUAGGUACAAUUCUACUGAUGGCUGUUGUUGGCACAAUAUUUAAUAUAGCAACAAUAGGUGGUUCACUAUGGGCCUGCGGCUUGACCGGUAUCUUCGGUGGCGCGGAUCAAACUCCAAAGUUUUUAGAUAUAUUCCUAUUUGCGUCAUUAAUUUCCGCGGUUGAUCCAGUAGCAGUAUUAGCUGUAUUCGAAGAAAUUCAUGUUAAUGAAAUUCUUUACAUUGUUGUUUUUGGUGAAUCCUUAUUAAACGACGCGGUGACGGUUGUCAUGUAUCAUAUGAUGGAAGUAUAUAAUGAAAUUGGUAUAUCUAAUAUAAUAGCGCAAGACGUUGUGAGCGGCGUGGGAUCAUUUUUUGUUGUUGCAAUUGGUGGUACUGUUAUAGGUAUCAUUUGGGGCUUCCUAACAGGUCUUGUAACACGUUUUACAGACCAUGUGCGUGUAAUUGAACCGAUUUUCAUAUUUGUAAUGGCAUAUCUAGCUUAUUUAAAUGCGGAAAUUUUCCAUAUGAGUGGUAUUUUGGCAAUUACUUUUUGCGGCAUAACGAUGAAAAACUACGUGGAAUCGAAUAUUUCCCAAAAAUCGCACACGACUGUUAAAUAUGCCUUAAAAAUGUUAUCGAGUUCUUCGGAAACAAUUAUCUUUAUGUUUUUGGGUGUUGCUACUGUAAAUAAUCACCAUGUCUGGAAUACAUGGUUUGUGCUGUUAACUAUUGCUUUCUGUUCAGUUUUUCGUGUUCUUGGUGUAAUACUACUGUCUGCCUUGGCUAAUCGAUUCCGUCUACACAAAUUGUCUCGUGUCGAUCAGUUUGUGAUGUCCUACGGUGGCUUACGUGGUGCUGUUGCUUUCGCUCUAGUCUUAUUAGUGGAUGAAAAUGUUGUUAAGCAAAAGGAUAUGUUUGUAACUACGACCAUUGCUGUCAUAUACUUCACAGUGUUUUUGCAAGGUAUUACAAUUAAGCCAUUGGUGAAGAUACUUAAUGUAAAACGCGCUAAUAAACGCAAACCUACUAUGAAUGAGCGUAUACAUGAACGAUUUAUGGAUCAUUUAAUGGCUGGUAUUGAAGAUAUUGUUGGAAAGACUGGUAACUAUAAUGUACGUGAUAAAUUCAAGCGUUUCGACAACCGUUUCAUCAGACCGCUGUUAAUCAGAGAUUUAAAGGGCGCUGAACCCAAAAUCAUUGAAACGUAUUCAAAACUAACAAUGCGUGAUGCCAUGGAAGUUAUGCGGCGUAAUCCCUCAACGAUUGGACAAAUAACUGGCACCGAAUCGAUGAGUGCCCUGUUCAGAAAUUACACCAAUAAUUGCAUUGGUGGAAGUCCUAGCCUAACUAACUUAGACCACAGCUGUUCACGUAACUUGGAUAUGCAUGAGUUGGACUAUAAUCCCUCAAAGAAAGACUUAACUGAUGCCAAGAUACACCAUUUACUGGCAGAAGAACUUAAACCUUAUCGCAGGCACCGUCGUCUUAGUUAUAGCAGACACGCUGUAGAUGACAGAGAUUUGUCUACACAGGUUAACUAUAAAAUGCAAAUGAACUUCCGUCGCAUGUUCAAUGACCGCAAACAUCACAAGCGCAGCAAACGUGGUACUGGCAAGCAACAAGAAGGUGUCAAACAAAAUCAUGUCUCAUUCCAUGAUUUCCAACAGAAUGGAACGACAAAACAAUUUUCGCAUGAUUAUAUUAACGAAGUCCUCAAUGAAUCGGCAGAAGAGAACCAACCUAAACUUACCGAAGUUACCGUUAUGGCCGCCAAUGAUGAUUGGGAUGAUGGUUUAACAUUUACAGCAAAGUCAUCACCGGAUUCGGAUCGUGCGAAUAACAAUUCAUUGAUAGCACAUAUACAAAGCCUACCCGGUUUUGAUGCCUCCAAAGCGAGAAUUGUGCAACAUUAUGCCACAAAAAGUGAUGGCAGCCCAGAAAAUCUAUUAACACCCGAUAUUGGGCCGACAGCGGCGGAACUAAUACUGCCUUGGCGCAGGGAUCGUUCAUACCAGAGCAUUGUCGCCGAAAACCCAAUUCCAGAGGAAGAUCGUAAUCUGUCCAGAGAUUCUGAUGGUGAGCGACGCGUAGCUACACCAACUGCAACUGAGUCGCAAUUGCCAUGGAAACGACAAGGUGAUGAGAUAUCCGAUGCUGUGCAACAAAACGAAUUCCCUGCCUGGGCUUCCAAUAAGGAAUAUUUGGCGUAUAAUUCACCGAGCGCUACUUUCUUAGGUGGCAUAAACAAACCUAAACAGCCCAAGUCCGUCAUAGGUCUUUUCCGUCGAGAAAGUUCCGGCUCAAAAGGCGGCACCAGUAUUACUGGCAGUGCAAUCAGUGAUGCUAUUGACGCUGGUUCAGCUCGCGGCUCUGAUCCAGCGUUGGCUGCUGCGUUAAGCAGCUUAAUUGUGCCUUCAAGCCAAACGUCAAAUCCUCGUCUGGAUAAACGCUCACAAUCUAUAUCGGUCACCAGCGGUGAGGGUCAUUCUGGUCCAUUCCCAGUUACAGCAAGUCAUCGCCGUAAUGUGAGACGUGGUUCCAUGUUAGAGUUGAGCGGAGACACUAUCCCUGAGGAAUCUUACCAACAUGGACACUCCAAGUCCUUAUGCGAACCAGACGGCGAUGAGUGGAAUUGCGGUGCACUCCAACCACACGAACAGUACGAUGACGAUAUAGGCAGCGAUAGUUUAUUACCAGCUGGACGCCAACCACUUUUACCAAAAAUUACGCCACUGCCACAAAUACGACGCAUGGGCGUAGGUGCAGUUGGUAGUACCGGUAUUGGUGUGAAUAGUGGCAGUGGUAGCGGUAUUCCAAGCAGUAGCAAAAAUCAAGUAACAACAGCUUUACUAUCCACAUCUAAUUCAGAUUAUGACGAUGAUGAAGACGAAGAUUUUGACUUGUACGAUGAUGAAAAUAUUGUUGUUACUACAACAACUACAGUAGCAAGCGGCAGCGGCAGUAGUGGUAGUGGCAGUGGUGUUCCUAUAAACAGCAGUAAUGCGGUUGGUAUCAAUGGUGCUAAGAAUCGCAGUACCAACAGUAGCGGUGCUAGUGGCAGCAGUAACACAAGCUCAAGCGGUAGUAAUACUAAUACAACAACAACAAUACGCCUUACGCGUAACAAUGAUGAAAGCAUCAUUUGAGACACGUGGGAUCAUGUGGAACAACAUGAACAAGAACAAGAAGAAGAAGAAGAAGAGCAGGAGCAACAGCAACAGCAAAAUUCAUUACUAAAUCGAAGGUUAGGAAACUGCUUUAAAUAUAAAAUGUUUUAUUAAAUGUGAAAGGAUAUGAAAUUUAAAAUUGCAACUCUAUUUUAAAUUAUUUUGAGAUGUAUUCUGAUCUGAUGUAUUCUGAUUUCUACUGCACCGAACUAAUGUACGAACAAACAAGAACUGUAAACCGAACAAUAAACCUACGCCUAUGAAAACUGCAUACAGUAAAUUCGUAAACCCUUGCCCAACCUAUGAGAGCUGAAAGCAAUAGAGAAGAGAGCACAAAAAAGCGAAAAUUAAUACAAAAUACACCGUAAAAAUAUUGGUAAAUAAUAAAAAUUUAAGUAAGUUUCCACAUCGUGUAUAAAUGCAGAAAUUUUGAACAGAAAAUUUUAAAUUAGUUCUAAAUUAAAUGUAAAUUAAAUUUUAAAUAGAAUAAAUUACUUAA